AUCUAUCUGGGAAUCCUCUACCCAGUUCCAAGGACUGGGUCGGGAUAGGACCUCCUGUCCAAGGAAAUCCUUGCAGGGCCUUCUGGGAUGAGAGGGUCAUCCCCAGAACAGACUCAUGGACAUUAAACAUUAUCAGAAUGGAACCAAAGGGCAAAGACGGAGGCUGCCCCAUUCCACGGUGCAGAAGCUUCUGAGCUGGGGGCUGCCAGUCUCCUACAGCCGCUUCCUGUGGCGCCAGCUGGGCGAGUUUCCUGUCACUGCUUUCCUGCUGGGGGCAGGCACUGGGGGGCUCCUGGCCAUUGGUCUCUUUCAGCUCCUGGUGAACCCCAUAAAUAUCCAAGAAGAGCAGAAGAUGCUGAUGCUGUACAGCUUGGUGGGCUUGGGGGCCAUAAGCUGGGGGACCUCUCCUCACAUCCGCUGUGCCAGCCUCCUGCUGGUACCCAAGAUGCUGGGCAGAGAGGGCAGGCUCUUUGUCCUGGGAUAUGCCUUGGCUGCCAUCUAUGAAGGGCCAGUGGCCAAUCUGCGGCACAACCUUAACAAUGUGAUAUCAUCGGUGGGCUGCACUGUGGAACUGCAGGUCAACAACACCCGGGCAUCAUGGCGCAUCUCCACAGCCCCCUUGCGAACCGUGUUCAAGGACCUUCUGGGCAGCAAAGAAUCAUUGACAGCAGAGACUCAGAACAUCACCAGUUCUUUUGAAGACCUGGAUGCCCAGGUGAAUAGUGAGGCCGGCUACACGCCUGAGAAUGUCACAGACACAGAGGAGGCAGCCCAAGGGGUAGAGACCCGCCAAGCCCCAGCCUCCAGAGUCCACCUCUCAACACAGAAGAUGUAUGAGCUGAAGACUAAGCUGCGCUGCUCCUAUGUUGUAAACAAAGCCAUGCUCAGCUGCCGCCGUUGGUUUGACAAGAAGCAUGAACAGUGCAUGCAACACAUUUGGGUCCCACUCCUCAAUCACCUGCUCUGUCUGCCCAUGAAGUUCAAGUUCUUCUGUAGCAUUGCCAAGGUGAUGGAGAUCUGGUGCCGUGGUCGCAUUCCAGUGGAAGGCAACUUUGGGCAGACCUAUGACUCCAUCAACCAAUCUGUCCACAGCCUAGAUGGGGAAUUCUCAGCCAGGAUUAACCUCAAGGAAGAGAAGCAGGCUGCCAUGCUGGGCCUCAACACGAGGUGGGAGACCGUGAGCACCGAGGUGCGGGGCUAUGUGCAGCGCCAGGAGGCCCGGCUGGAGCAAGCCCUGGAGCUGCUGCAUGCACUGCUGUCCUGCACCUUCCUGCUGGUCCUCCACGCGUCCUUCUCCUACAUGGACAGCUAUAACCGGGAUAUUCGUUUUGACAACGUGUACAUCAGCACCUACUUCUGUCAGAUCGAUGAACGCAGGAAGCAGCUGGGCAAAUCAACACUGCUGCCACUGCACAAAGCUGAGGAGAAAACUCUCAUCUUCCCCUGGAAGCCCACUAUCCAGGGCUCAGAAAUGAGAAAUGUGGUAAGGGAGCUCCUGGAGACGCUGCCCCUCUUGCUGCUGCUGCUGGUGCUGUGCGGACUAGAUGGUGCUCUCUACUCCAUCUUCAACACCAUCAGCCACCACUCCUUCCUGCAGUACUCCUUCCACAGCAGCCACAAACUGGAGGUGAAGGUUGAGGGAGAUUCCAUGCUCGCCCGGCUUCUCAGGAAAACCAUUGGGGCCUUGAACACCUCCUCAGAAACAGUGAUGGAAUCAAACAACAUGCCCUGCCUGCCCCAGCCUGUGGGCCUGGAUGCCAGGGCCUAUUGGAGAGCUGUGCUACCGACUGGCCUGCUAGUAUGUCUCUGCCUGCUACAGGCUUUUGGCUACCGGCUCCGGAGGGUCAUUGCAGCCUUUUUCUUCCCCAAGCGAGAGAAGAAGCGGAUCCUGUUCCUCUACAAUGACCUACUGAAGAAGAGAGCAGCCUUCACCAAAUUGAGGAGGGCUGCCAUCGUGAGGCGGGCACGACAGCAAAAGGCUCGGCGCCCCCCGCUGGUGGACGUUCUGCACCGCCACUGCCCACUGCUGAGGCCCUGGCUGCGCCCGCGCUGCGUAGUAUGCCUGGAUCCCCAGACGCCCGAGUCCCGCAAGUGCGAGACACCGGACUGCGGGGCAGUGUACUGCUCGUCGUGUUGGGACGAUAUGCUGCAGCGCUGCCCGGCCUGCACACCCCGCGAGGAGCUCUCUUCUUCCGCCUUCAGUGACAGCAACGACGACACCACCUACGCCGAGUGAAGGGGCACCGGGCUCACGCUCCCGCCCCGCUCGUUCUCUUUAAUAAAACUCCCUGUGCGCU